CGUUAGCCUGAAAGCUGGGACGACAGACUUAGGGAGGCAGGGGACCUGGGCGCCGUUUCUGUUUCUGUAAAAGCCCAGCCGCGGGCAGCCUGGGUCUCCCGAGUCCCCGCGGGGCGCGGGACAGAAGGCGGGAUGCGGAGCACGCAGGCGGGCGGUGGCCGCAGGGGAGACGCGCGGGCGCCGGGGCCAGCGCUCAGGUGGAGCGCGCGCCGCUCGGCAGCUGCGCCCCCGCCCCGGGCCCCGCAUCCCCGCCCCGCGUUCGAGAACCGGCCCGAGUUGGCGGCGCCGGCCGAGGCGCUGGAGCCGCGCCAGGCGUGGGGUCGUCCGCGCGCCGUGGCUUUCCCGCCCGCGGUACCGAGGCGGGGCGGGGCGGCCACAUCCCACCCCUCCCCCUCCCGGCCCGUCACCCUCCAGGCUUCUUCCCGCGCCUUCUUUCCUUCCCGCUUUCCCCGGAGAAACAUGGCCGGGAGCAGUGAGGAGGCGCCAGACUACGGGCGAGGCGUGGUGAUUCUGGACAACUGGCCAGGGUAUGACUUGAAUUUGUUCACAUACCCACAGCACUAUUAUGGAGACUUGGAAUACGUCCUCAUCCCUCAUGGCAUCAUUGUAGACAGAAUUGAACGGCUGGCUAAGGAUAUUAUGAAAGACAUAGGCUACUGUGACAUUAUGGUCCUGUGUGUGCUGAAAGGAGGCUACAAGUUCUGUGCCGACCUCGUAGAACACCUUAAGAGCAUCAGUCGAAAUUCCGAUAGAUUUGUCUCUAUGAAGGUGGAUUUCAUCAGACUAAAAAGCUACAGGAACGACCAGUCCAUGGACGAGAUGCAGAUAAUUGGAGGCGAAGAUCUUUCAACACUGGCUGGAAAGAAUGUCCUCAUUGUUGAGGAUGUUGUUGGAACCGGGAGGACCAUGAAAGCGUUGCUCAGUAGCAUAGAGAAAUACAAGCCCAACAUGAUUAAGGUGGCCAGUUUGUUGGUGAAGAGAACACCUAGAAGUGAUGGCUUUAGACCUGACUAUGCUGGAUUUGAGAUUCCAAACUUAUUUGUUGUGGGUUAUGCCUUAGAUUACAAUGAAUACUUCAGAGAUCUGAAUCACAUAUGUGUGAUCAAUGAACACGGCAAAGAAAAGUAUCGAGUCUAAAGAAGUAAAUUUUCGCCAUCGAAUCGGCAGAUAACAUUCCUACUUAACGACUACACUCAGGAAGCCAGCAUGUAAAGUUUGUCUCCCAGGCAUCUUCACUCAGCAGGAUUUAAAAGAACAAAAAAAUUUAAUGAGCAGGCUUUAUUUUCUGAGAUUAUAACUAUAACGUAAAGAGUCCCAAAGGUUCUUCAGGAAAAGAAAGCAAUGCUUUUAUUUGCCUUGUUUCAAAUUAAACACUCCACCUUGUGACUCAUAAGUUCCAUCUACCUUCACACCCCUGAGAUAUACUUUCUUUUGUUUUGAUAAAGUCAUUAUGGGUGAUUACUAUACCCCCACCUACUAACUCAAAUAGUUUUCACUUAACUAUUUUUUUUAAAUACUCUACUUUACAAUCUUAAAACCUAGAAGCCUUUUAUGUGAACCUCUGAGCCCAUACGCUAGAAAUGCAACUAGAUUCCCACACUAGUAAAGGAGGGAAAGGACAAUUUAAUAUAAAUUUCUGUUUGCGCACUUCUGACAGGCCGUUAUUAUCUGCUUUGACAAAGCCUCUCUGAACAGCCGCAUACAGUGAAUCUUAAUGAUGUUAUGAAAUAGGCCUUUGCCAGUGCUCUUGAUCGGAGCUUCCGGUACGUGAUAAGGGUAUGUCAUGUAUGCAUGGAUGUGUUUAAUACUCUGAAUUUUAAUUAGAAAAAAUACAAUGGCAGAAAGCUCUGGUUUCUAAGGGGCAUCCUUUAACUCAUGUGGGACAUGAGCAGAAUUGUGGGGCGGGGAGAAGUGUUUUCAAUGCUCAAAACUAAGCACGUAUAAAUUUUUCCUGUGUUUCCAUCAGAGGGCAGGACAUUUUUCUGUAUUAUCCUAAACAUGAGCACAGAGGUUGAAUCAUUUCUUUAAAGUGGCCUUGUAAGACUUGAUCCCACAAUCCAAGGCACCGUAGAAGACUUGGAUACUUAAAGUUUUUUCUGAGUAACAUUUUUUUCUCCAUUUCCACUGUUUCAUGAGAUGUUUUCUAAUUUAUGGGGAUUUUAAUUGAAAAUAAACUUGAGUGCCAAUGGAGCCGGGUUUUUUUUCUCACUUCCUAAAAGGAGCAAAUGCAAAGUAAAUAACUAAGCAGACUUUGUUUGGUUCUGAACCGUAUGUGGUAUAUUGUUAUCAAGUUCCAGCUUCCUUUAAACUAAUAAAGAAUAAGAACACUUGUUACGUUUCA